AUGGAAAAGAAUCAAAAAAUACUUCCAUUCGAGAUAAAUUUGGUGCGUUUUGAGAACCCUGAAACACUGGUCGAAAAAUCUAAUAAAACGCUGACUAAAAAAGUAAUGAAUUAUAUAACAUAAUAUACCAUUAUUUUUAUUGACUAUAAUUUUAAUUUUUUAAAAAAUUAUUUUUCAUUGUAAUAUUUUAUCAUAAAAUUAUAAUUAUGCAUUUUGUCAUUUAUUAUUUCAAUUAUGGGACUACAUACCUUCAAAUUUAAUUUCGAAAAAACACACUCAAAACUACAGCUAAGUAUUAUUUAUUGACAUGAAAUUGGAAUAUAUUGAAUAGUAUUGUAAUAAAUAACAAAUUUUGGGUUUUUUUAUUUUUUUAUAAAGAUUUACAGAUAUUAAAAAUAUCUGAUACCUACUGCAAAUGGGUGUGCGACUGUUACUGAUGAGUAAUUGGGAAUGUAAGAUAAAAUAUAUUAUUAAAAUUAUUAUAAAAUCAUUAUUUAUUUCGUGUGGAUUACACAAAUCAACUUAAAUAAAAAUACAUGACACGCAGUAUAAUAUAUACAUAAAUUAUUAAACUUAGAUAGGAAUAUACUUGUUCAAAUAAUUUCUUCAUAGCUGUAUUUCGAGUUUACUAAUCCAAUAUAUUGCUUCUGGAGUCACUUUAUGUAGGCCUUCAAAACCUUGGCUAAAUUUUCUUCUUUAGCAUUCUGUUACGAUAUGGUUUAUUGUUUGUUUCUUUUUGUUAUAGCCACGGGUUGGAUUGUCUCGAAAUCCCCAUUUAUGUAAGAAAGUGCCGCACCUACCAUGACCUGUUCGUAGUCUGUUUAGUGUAGACCAGGUGCUACGGGGAAGAUUCAUCCCUAGGAUUCCAAUGUUAGGGUCGUGCACUAAUUUCCCGUUUGAUACAGUAGCGCUAGCCCAUUCUUUCCGCUAUUCAUAAGCACCACCAAAUCCUGAACUGUUCCUGAACAGUUUCCUGGCGAUCUCGACUAUUGAAUUCCUGGAUUUUCAUCGCUGUUCAGAUGUUUGAAGUAGCAUCUGGUAUAAGAGUGAUCGUUUUUGAUCUUCAGAAUAUUUGCCAGUAUCGGUAACCAAUGGAGUGGUGUGGAUUUAACAGUUCCACUAAUUAUUAUUAUUAUAUUGUUAAGCUGCAUGUAUACUUUAUUUGCGUGUAAGCUAUUACCCCAAGUUCGGACGUAUACUCCACGCGCUAUAGACUAGGCCCAAGCUUGCUAUUCUCAAACUAUUCGCAUCGGUACUCCAACCUGUUCUAACUAGCAUUUAUACGAAGUUAAUCCGGGAUCGAAUCUUUUUACCUAAGCUACUCAAAUGCUCAUUUAAUGUGGAUGAGCGGUCAAGCGUUAUACCUAAGUAUUUAGGUAUUUAAGGAAUUAUGCUUAACUCUUAUUUCAUCAAAAUCUACUUCUAGCUUAUCUUUUGCCAAUCUGUUGUUGAGGUUUUGUGCACACACUUCAGUUUUCGUCAAAUUUGGCUUUAGGCACCAAUUGCGGAAAUAGGUAUUCAUUAACUCUAUGUCAUUGGUUAAGAUUAGAUUGCCAUCCUAUAGAUCUUUACUUUGGUAUGCGGUUGCUAUAUCGUCCACGAAUUGCAACUUUAGCCGUUCUAUAUUCGGAAUGUUGGGGUUAGAACUGAUCCCUGAGGGAGUCCAUUGUUCACUCUCCUCCUUCCCACGACUCAUUUAUAAUUAAAUACGAUUACGAUUGAAAUUCGGUUAAAUAUAUUUUGGAAUAUUUUUAACAGUUUCAUCAAAAUUUGAUCAUAUAAAAAUGGACAUACUUCGCAUAAUGGGUAGGCUACUAUUGUAGAUGAGAAGUUGGGAAGAUAAGAUGUAUAGGGGAAUUUAAUGUAUAUCUGUAUGCAACGAUAAAACAUUGGUAACGAAAAACGAUUCUGAGCAGAGUUUGGUUAUAAAUGUUUUAAAAGGCCGUAAUACUUACGAUUUUUGUCAACAUUUGAUAUAAAAAUUUUACAUUACACUCCAAUAUAAUUUGUUGAGCUCAAAGUACGACUUAUAAUUUACCAUCAGUUAAUUUUUCAAGUAUUUCUAUUCGGUUGAACAAUUUUAUACACAGAGUACUCACUGAAUAAAAAUUUAUGUAAAAAACCAGCAAAUUUAAAAUGUCUAUAAAUAGCUCAAUGAAAAUGAAAAUUUUAUCACGUCUAGAAAAAGCAAACGUAAGUAUUCUAAUCAAAUUUCAAGUCUCUACAAAUAUUGUUAACUGAAUCAAAAUAAAAAAAACCUUUCCUAGGAUAAUGGGGAUGGGUGCAGCCACUUUUAUAGUUAAUUCAAUGUAUACCUGAGCGGAAUUCGAUUGAUAGUAUUGCUUUUUCAACAAUAUAUAUAUAUCAUACUAUGCUAAAAUAAUUACAUAUGCAUUAUGUAUUUUCUUUAAUAAUAUUUAUUUUAAAAUUGUAAAUUUUUCCCAUUUAUUGGGAAAACUCUUAGAAAAAUCAAAAAAUGACCUCCCUAAAGUAUCACACCAGUCAGAUUUCCUUUCGGAAAAAUGUCUACACUUGUAAAUCAGAGCAAUAUCCCUGGUAGAAAAGAUAUUCACAGAAAAAAAAAUGUAAUAAUUAACAUCAUUGUAAAACCAAUACAUUCCUCGUUCCGCUCAGAAUCUAAAAAUUAAAAUACCUCUGGACGUUAUUGAGUACUUUAUACCUAUAUCAAUUAAAAUUUGUAAGAAUAUUGUAAAUGUAUAAAUCAACAUGAUCAAACAAAUUAAUUGUAUUAUAUUAUUUAUAUCAUGUCUAUUGUAAUACUAUUAUUUAUUAUUAGGUAUUAUGUUAGAAAGUGUUAAAUUUUUGUACCUACACCUUUCAAACAUGAUUACAAUUUUAGAAUGGGACAUUUUUGUAAUACUAAUAAUAAACUUUAUACAUACCUAUAGAAUAUAUUGUCUUCAAAAACCAAAGUUAAUUUAUUCGGAUCUGAAGAUGGUGCAGAACUCACUUGUGGCGAUGUUUUGAAUCUUAUAGUAGAACCAAGGCAAUGGAGGAAGGAUGAUGUCGAUUGGAAGCAAGAUAUAUCUAAACAACCUGGAACUACAUCAGAUGUGAAAAAACUUAGUGAAAAAUUAGAUACAUACUUGUUACAAUUUGAGGCCAAAGAGGUGGGAAUUUGCCCAAUAAAACAGGAAUUAUACAGUCAAUGUUUCAGUAAGUUUGAAAUUAUAAUUUAAAAAAGUAUAUUAUUUAAAAAGAUUAUAAUAGAUAUGUAGGUAAUUAUUAUAUUAUAAGCAUAACGAAAUUUAAUAUUGUAAAGAAUAAUAUCCAGAAAUUCUCAAUACAUCUACAUAAUAUUGAUAUAAUAGUGACUGUGAUUAUCAGUAGCGUAAUAACCGGGUUAGGGGGAAUAUGGGUAUGUAAUCUUUCCUUGAUUUCUUUUGUCGUGGUAGUUCUAUACUAAAAUAAAAUGUAAUUAGUUCCUUAAUUUAUUUGACGCAAAAUAAAAUAUUAUUACUUUUUAGUAUCUUAUUCACAAUAAUUCUGCGUCAUAUUAUGGUCAAAGACAUCAACAUUUAAAAUCACAUAUAUGAAGUAGCAACAAAGCAGUAGCUGGAGAUAAUUUUUUUUUUUGAGAUGGGGAGUUAAACCAAAUCCUAUAUUUUAAUAGUUUUAAAAUAAUGAACAGUUAUCAAACAAUAUUUAAAAAAAAAAAAUGACUUUAUUCAUAAAUUUUGAUAUUUUGUAGAAUACAGACACUAUGUGUCUUUCUUUUUCGAAUUAAUCUAUGAUAUUAUCUGAAUAAUGUGUAAUAAUAAGAGGGGAAAAAUAAUAAAUGCUAUGGCUAUACUUUUAAUAAAGUCGCUGGAUAUAAUAGUUUUAACUAAUAAUUACAAUUAUUAUUGUAAUGCUUUUGAUAACGUUUCAAUAUCACUUAUUAAGUUCCUUUAACGUAUUAACAAUUUUCUUUUAAAUAUCUGUAAAUUGUAAAAGUUCGUCAUGAUUUUCCACCAACGUGUCUCACAUAUUGAUGAGAGUUUGGUCCAUUUAGAUUCAGGAAACGGUUCUUUAAUGAAGUAUAAUCAGUUAUUCGGAAAGUAUAACCAGCUGCGCUUUAUGUACACUGCAGUGAUCAUUCUUUAAAUUUAGCUCUCUCUCAUUUGUGUAAUAUUUAACAUAUUCUUAAUUGUGUUGGUACCAUAAAAUCGAUGGGCAAUUACAUUAAAAACUUUCUAAUGUGAACAGAAGUGUUAAAAAAAGUUAUAUUAAAAUUUCCGCAUCUUAAUAAUACCGUACCAUUUCGGAAAAAACCAACAAUAUGAGUAAUAUAAUCUUAUGGAUAUAAGUUAUCGUAGUUCUCAAUCGCUGUAGGACCUACUGCACCAACAGAAUUCGUUAUCGCACGAUUUAUAAACAUUAUAUUUUCAUACAUUUUAGAUUUUAGCUCAAAAUAAAAUACAUAGUAAAAAAGUAAUCAAGUAUUAUACUUAGGAGACCACUUAUUUAAAAUUAUUUUUUUUCAUACCAGUAUUUUAAUGACAUAAUAUUGAUUUAAGGGGCGAGGCAAAAUUUAGGUCAUGUGAAAGGAAGGCAUGACUAACCCUGAUUUCAGCACUGCUCUGGACUGUUUAAACAUAGAUUUUAGCAAGUUUCUUAUGAUUUUUUUUCAAGUCGUAUUGAAUUAACAACAAAAAUCAAAAUCGACUAAAUUACAGUAGCUACCUCUUUAAAACCAUAAAAAUAAAUAAUAUAUAAUAUAAAUAUAUUGUUCAAAAAGUUACUGAUAAAAUACUUAUACAUAUAAUACACCUGAAACUGCAGAUACGGUUAUUCGUCUCGUGUUUAUUUAUUAGACGAGAUCAUUAGACAAGUGACGUUGAAUUGUGCCGAACGGGGUUACAUGUUGGUUAUGAUACGGGACGAAAUUAAAAUGAAUAUAGACGCAUAUGAAGCGCUGUACGAAAGUAGAAUAGCUUACGGUAUUCGAAAGACAUUACUGGCAAGUAUCUAAAAAAUUUGAAAAAUAACAUAGCGUUUGCGUAUUUAUUAUUUUUACGAAAAUGUAUGUUUUUAUUAUUUAUAAGACAUUAUUUAAAUUUUUAUCAAUUUACCUAUCCUAACCUAGGCAUAAUAACCAGUAGAUACGUAACCUAUGACAAAGGAAUAAUUUUUUCCCCGAAACUUUGUUGAAUCAUAAUUCAUGGAAGUUCAAAGACAUAUCUUAAUUUCCAAAUUGUCCUUGUGUACAUAAAUUUAAAAAAAAAACUUUUUCUGUGUAUCUACAGCAAAGACAAAAGAAGACUGAUUUAAAAAAUUUGGCCGAAAUAUUGAAAUUAGAAAAUCAAAUUUUAGCAGCUGAUUUAAUAAAUACUACAAAUAUAACAGUCUUAAUAGAACAAGGGCUGGCCGAAAAGAACGAGAAAGAACUCCAAAUGCACAUCAAUAGGUUGGAAGUUUUAAAGAAAUCCAAUGGGCUUAUCAAAGUAAUAAUAACAUACAUACACAUUAUAAAAUAAUAUUUGUACAAAUUUUAUUGUUAUCCUGCGUACUAUUGAAUUUUAGUCUCAAAUGACCAGUAUACCUAUAAUGUAGUAAUGUAUAUUAGGAUGGUUCUCAUUUGGGUGAUGACAAAAUGUUUGUUUUGACGGCCCUUACUUUAUUCUAAAAAAAAAAUUUAAAAACUGAUCUUAUUUGAGCUUUCCAGGACAAUAAAAUUCUUGAUUCGCCUUGUAACGAGGUAAAGUUUCCUAUUAAAAUGCAUGUGAUUUUCGUUUAUUUUGAAUUUCGUUUAUAAAAUGUUGAAAACAAACAUUUUUCGUAUGGGAAUGACUGAGAUUAAGGUACGCUUUAAGUGAGGGAGAAAAUUAAAGUAUAGCGGGCAAAAUACCAACAUAUUAUAAUGUUUUGAUACGUAAUAUAAUUGUGGAAAAAUAUACUAAUAGUCUGUAACCGCCGAGUGAUACAAUAUAAUAUUAAAUUAAAAUGAAAUACGAAGGAAUGCACCGAAUAUUGAACAAUAUUUUUCGUUUUAUCGUGAGUGGUGAGUGUUCCUAAAAUAUUACUUGUAUAUGGACAUGUAAUAUGGUAUGUUGUAUGUAAUAUUUUACAGAUAAGUGGAUAUAGCCCAUGCAUUUACAUAUAUUUUUUGAUUGAAAUACUUAUUAUUUGAUACAAGCUAAAAAUCAUCGAUUUUCCAAAUAUAUUGACAUUUUAAAAAACCUAAUAAUCUUCAGUAAGAAAAUGUUAUAAAAUGACCGAUGUACUUUAACUCCCCCCUACCACCAUUAAAACGAACCUUAACCAUUUCAAUACAAAAAAUUCUGUUUCUUCAACUAUGUAUGUCUUAUAUAAACACAAUUCAGAUUAAAAGAAGAAAGCCGGACAUACUUCUCAUGAUAGCUGGGCCACACUCUACUGUUUAGGUAAGAAGUUGGGAAGUUAAGAUAUACUGGAAAAUUUAGUUUAUAUCUACAAACAAUGAUAAACCAUCGUUAAAUAAAAACGAUUCGGAGCUAAGUUUCUUAAAUACACGAACGUCAAUGUUAUAGACAGGGGGGGAGGGUACUGGGGGCACGCCUAAAAUCUAUUUUUUUUUUAUUAAUGCUGUAGUACAGUUUACAUAAAUUCGUUAUAUUAAUGAAAUGUAUUAUUAGUAGUACUAUUAUAAGUAUAAAAUAUAUUGUUUUAUAUUAUUAUAUGUAUAAUACAUGAAUCACUAAUUGCAGAAAGGGGACAUGUACAAUUUUAACGAUAUUGAGUUGUUGUCGAAUUUAAAUUUAUUAUAUUUACCUUGAAUAAUACAUAUUUUAUGUUAAAAUAGGACUGGUCCACCAAACUGUUGUAG